UAUUUUUUGUCCGUUCAUCAUUAUCUUCUCUAUCAUUCUCGCAGCCUCCGUUUUUUUUUUCUUCACGUCGGUUAAUCUAUAUCCUCUUAGUUUCAGUUUUUAUUAAGCUGAACUUCAGUUUAUUGAGUUUUUUGUUCAUUUUGAGUAUUGAAGUUGAGCUUGUUAGUUGAGGUGGAGGAAGUUUUUUUUUUAUUUUUUUUCUGCUAAUUUGGGGAUAAAAAGUGUUUAUUCAGCUGGUUUUUGCUUUUUUGUCAUCUGGGUCGUGCUUAAGUUUUGGUGAAAAUACUUGUUUGUAAGUUGUGAUCGUUGAGCAGUGGUUGAUCAAGGUGUUUUUUUCUUCAUUUUCCUUGAGUUAUAGCUGGUGUAGAAGAAGUUUCUCUGGGUUUUUUCUGUUAAUUUGGGGAUAAACGUUCUUUAUUCAGCUGUUUUUUUCCAUUUUGUCAUCUGGGUCGUGCUUAGUUUCUGGUAAAAAAAUACUUGGUUGUGAGUUGUGAUCGUUGAACAGUGGUUAAUCAAGGUGUUGUUUUCUUCGAUUUUCGUUUAUUAUUAGCAGAAGUAGAAGAAGUUUCUUCGAUUUUUUUCUGCUAAUUUGGGGAUAAACGUUCUUUAUUCAGCUGUUUUUUUUUUUCAUUUUAUCAUUUGGGUCUAGUAAAUUUUAGCUGUGAUUGUUGAGAAGUGGUUAAUCGAAUGGUGGAUACAAGUGAUAAAGUUCAAGAAACUGGAGAGAUGAUUGGGCAAAAUCAAACCCCAGACAGGGUCUCAUCAGAGACCAAUCAAAAAACUUGUGUUGAUUGUGGAACCACAAAAACUCCUCUGUGGAGAGGUGGACCUGCUGGACCUAAGUCAUUGUGUAAUGCAUGUGGAAUAAGGAGCAGGAAGAAGAGAAGAGCUCUUCUGGGAUUGAACAAAGAUGACAAGAAAUCAAAGAAAUCUUUGAAUAAGAGUGUUGUUAACCAUCAUCAUCAGAACCAGAGUAGCAAUAGCAGUAGCAGUACAAGCAGCAGCGGAGAAAGUACGAAUAAUGUAAUAGUGAAGAACGAAUGCAUUCCAUAUAAGAAGCGAUUACUGCAUUUUGAUCGAGAAGUUGGUUUGCAAAGACCAAGAUCAAACUCUACACACAGAAGAAAGUUAGGUGAAGAAGAACAAGCAGCAUUCUUGUUGAUGGCUCUUUCAUGUGGUUCUGUUUAUGCUUAGUAGAGGAAGAAAAUGUUGUACUUAUUGUUGUGUUUGUAGUACCUUUUUCGGGUCGGUAGAGUAGAGGGGAUAAGUGUAAGAGUAGAAUCUAGAAUGAUAAGAAAAAGAGCUAAAUCAAUUUGAGAGCUCAUAAGAAUGUAGACUUGAGGAUUGUGUUG